UCCGGGAAUCGAACCCGCGGAGGCACAACGUCACCAGCGAACCAGCCGCCGGGUUCCUCAGUACGUUUGGCGAACAGUUCGCGAACGGACGUAUUCCUCCUCGUAAGCUCUGGAGAACGUACUCAUACCCGAGCAUAAACACGAGCGCGUUGGCAUCAGAGAGACCCGUGGGUGGUCUCGGCUCGACCCGUGCCGCCGACCGGGGCACCACACGCGAAUGCAACGACCCUACGAUCCGCACGCGGGACGAAUUACUUCUCGUCCUCGUCGUAGCCCACCCGCUCGUGCGUCGAUCUUUCGGCGCGAACGCGCCACGGUGACGCGGCUCGUCCAGGCUGGCGCGCAGCGGUGGCCCAUGCAUGCACUGACCUCCUCGCCGAGAGCUCAUUACAUCGCGACACACACCACCAAGGUCGCCCGCGAUCAAUGAACGUGGCGCUCACCGCCACGUGACCGGACGGCAGCGCGGACGAAAAACCGGAGGGCCGUCGAUCUCGCGUACGUGCCGCGGCUUGCAUCCCGAGAUACGCUCGAGGGAUCUCGUUUCAGGACGCUUAGAUGAAACGCUUGUCUCGCGAAUAUUCACGACUAUCGUAACCACCGAUGGUCUUCGACGUUAUUUUUCAGACGAGCGGAUUCUCGAGACGCCUCGUCGCUUGGCGCUUCUGAGAGGGAGAGACAUUUAUUCCUUGAAAUUCAACACCUCUUUGAAGAAGCGGUUCAAACCUCUCAUGACAGACAGUUUCUUCCUCCUCCCGACCACGUGACAACGGCAUGUUCGAUCACGAGGCGAGAGUCUCAUAGUCUUCCCGGAUUCUCCAAAGGGUUCUCCAAAACGGCCCAUCUCCCAUCCCUCGAUCUCGAAUUUACGAACACUGAUUGUGCGAUACGGAAAGAGCGUUGACUUCGCUCGCGCUCUGCCGCACGGACCCUUGAUAUAUUUUCCGACUGUUAAAGAGUUUGUACGAGGGAAGGGGAAGACGGAAAGGGAGGACAGCUGUGACGUGCAGUGCAAUCUGUGUAAAGUAGACUCCGGGGACCGCGGGAAGGCAGUUAGAACGUGACAUGACGAGAGAGUUAUAGAGGCCGAAGAGUACGGACGGAAAAAGCGCUGGGAGACAGACUUUGGUUAGACUUCCGAAGUGGAAAUUGCUGCGUCAACGUGAGACUGGUGAAGAUUUAUCCCCGUAUAACCGCGACUCCGACAAGGAGUGACUAUCGAGGUACAUGAGAGAAGGACAUGAACUACUCGCAAGGGAAGGGACGGCUUUAUCCGGCCUACAGUCUAAGUGGCAGCGAGGGUGAGGAUAAUACCUCCAGUUUGCGUAGUCGUGCCUAUCCGCAAAAUAAUCAUCAAACCAACCAGUCUCACCACAAUCAUUAUAACACAAGUCAACACAAGCAGCGCGCCUAUCAACAGCAGCAACAGCAACAACAACAUCCCCUGUAUCAUAUGCCCGGCAGUGGUGCCGGCCUCAGUGACACACCGACUUCCGGUAACGCAUCUGACGAAACUCUCACUGACAGUGACCUUAUCACUGUUGCUCGCGAUUCUGCUCUGCUCGUCCAUAACGGGUGUUUGUUGGACAGUUCGGCACCACGGGGCCCGCCUGAUGUGCCACCCCGUAACCCCGCAAUGAGCCGGCUCAACGGAAGACUGCCAGGAAGUCACGCAGCGAGCGAUCACGAGCGCGAUCCUGAUCUCGAGCCAUCCUGUCUCGUACGCACCCCAUCCGGUAACUUCUACAAUAUACCAAAGAUACCGAAGAAUGAAUACAACAGCAAGAAUCAGUCCACGGGGAACAGUCCAAUAAAGGUGGAGCUGCAGAACAACAUGGACAGAGUACCUUUACCUUACGGGCACGCCCCGUCGAUGAUCCCGAUGAGGAGACAAAGCAUCCGCUGUCAUUUCCGCAAGGGAAUCGAUUGGUGCAGCUGGAAACUAAUUGCCAUAGUAGUAAUUAUGCUCUCGCUCUGCUUGACCGCGGCAUUAACCUACGUCGCAGUGAACUGGUCGUACCAAGGCAAGAAGGCGUGCAACGUCCUGGUGGGCGAUAACACCGACGCCAAGCCGUCGUCGGGCGAGGCGAACAAGACGUCCACGUCUACCACGUCGACGUCGUCGCAGUCGAGCGGCAGGACGCGGCCGCCAUCGUCAGGAGGUAGUAUUAGCACGUCGGAUAGCAUGUUGCUAGAUGGUGUCGUGUACAACCGCAAGCGUAGGGACACGUUUAACGAGCAUGCGUUGCACCAAACUGUCGCGCCACCACCCUCUCGUGAUCCCGAGGAGCUGCCCUUGACCCCGGCCGCUCCCGCUGAGGCGGAGACCUCGGCGGGCUCCGGGCGGCGGUCAGUCCCGUUGCAUGGGGAGGAGUCUUCUGGUAAGGUUGUGCAUGAUCCGGAGCAUGCGAGAGGAGCCAUCGGCCCCUCGAUCGAAGCUGCCGAGGACGCCGAGGACGCGCCGCCGGAGUCACCGGGAUCGACGGCUCCCUCGCGGCCGGUACAGCUUGUCGUGAAUGUCUCUUCUACUACCGCUACUAACUACUCGUACGAUCGUUCGACUCAUACCACUGUCGCUGUCGACCAUCUCGCCUCUUCGUCCUCUGUCUCUGUCGGCUCUGGCAAUUCUCUCGCGUUCACUUCCGUUCGCGAAUCGCCCAGUAACGAGACGUCCGACGCGACGACCCCGCAGGACACUUCCUCCAAGUACACCCGGAAGUUCCCGGCCGCCGGCGACGCCGAGGCGCGGCAUCGAGAGCCGCAUGUCCCGAUAGCGGAGCUCAGCCGCGAUGACUCCGCGGAUUUCGACCGCGGUACCGAUAACGCCAGCACGUCCGAAAGUUCGGACGUUGCCGAGAGCGGCGUCGGCACCGGGGCUACGACGUCUGCAUCCGGCGCGGAGUCCGCGAAACUUGGCGCAGAUAGCACCGACUACGGCCAAGUAGUCGGAGGAAAUGCGGAAAAUGGCAGUAACGUUUUCCCCGUCGAUUACACUGAUAACGUAGACGAUAGCGCUGUAGAACCAACGAUUAUAACAGAAGUGCACUCCAAGGAGCUAACGGUGGAUCAGCGACCGGACGUAAGUAAUUCUGACUCGAGCGAAGAAUUAGUUCCCGUAGAAAUGGAUCGGAAAGACGUAGAUGCCACCACAGUCCCGCCUGGUCUGAGCGUAGACGGUGAAGCGGCGUUUAAUACCCUGCCGAACAAGAACGGGGACGUCGAGGAACCUGUGGCAGAUACAGCCGAGGUUGCCGCGUUCGAGGAAAAAAUGAGCUCGGGCGAGAACGAGAGGUCGGUCGAUUCUGCAGGAAACGACGGUAUCUCGAAGACGAGCGCGAAAUCGGUAAAAUCCCGGACGUCCAGCAUCGUGAAGGAAACGCGGGAGCUGUCCGGCGAAUUUUCCUCCGCCGAAUCCGAAGCGUCGUUCAACGUGACCAAAACUUCCGAGCAAUCUGAGGAACUGCAGCGAGACUAUCCUGUGCCGAUUUACAGUUACGGGCAGGACGAGGUGGAGAUCGUCAACCUCCAUCACAAGAAGCGACCCGUCGAAACCGCAACGGCGGAACGCCCUGCUAAAUCAUCCGAGUCCGCGAGCCUUAACAAUGAAGUAAGGAUGAACGCUGCUCUCCGAGAGGAACGGUAUAAAGACGAUCCACGGGUCAUCGUGAGAGCAAGGAGCGACGAGGAGUUUCUUCGGAAGUUUAAAGAGCAGCUUCACGAGGCGUCCGUCGACGAAUCUGUUGAAAACUCCCCAUCGAUUAGCACUAAUUAUAACUCCCCUCCUGCGGACACCCUGCAUGAAACGGUGCAUGAUUCAUCGAGCAACAACCCAUCACCCGGGUCCCCUUGGUCCGACCCUCCGAUGAACCAACGCGUGCAGAUCGUGGAGGUGCCCGUGUACCGCAACGGUCAUUCGCAGCCAUCGCCUUCAUCGUCCUCAUUCUCAUCGUCAUCGCACCGGGUGCUCAUAAACGUAACGAUCACCAGCGAGGACUCGUCCGCCGCCUCCUCGAGGCCACUGUACGUCCUGUCGGUGUCGGUGCCGACGGAGAGCGGCGCGAUUAGCCGUUCAUCCGCGAAUAACGUCGAUCAGGUGCAGGUGCGCACGGCCGAGAGGCUAUCGGAGCCGUCCGCGGCGAGCAUGAAAAAAAUCCCUGCUAACGACCAAGAGUCGAUUGACGCGGUCGAUACGCGAUUACCGCCACCGCCGCAGCCACCUGCCUCGCCACCGGCGCCGAUCUGGGCCGGCGGCGAGUGCGAGUGCUCCUGCCCCUGCAUGGGCUCGUCGUCUGACGAGUGGGACAACUUUUCAGCGAUCGACGACGAGCAGGAGCUCGAGAGCAUUAACUCCACUCUGUUAGCCGAGAAUUCCCCCGAGGAGCCAGGGGAGAGACCGACGGAUAAGAGGGACGGACAGUCAUCCGUGAAAGAGUCGGUAAGGCCUGACGCGAUCUCCACCACCGAAGACUAUUAUCCUUCGUCGACGGACGACACCGCGGAGAGUGGCGAGUCAACCAACGAGACCUCCGCGUCGACUUACGAGCCAGAAGUAAGCACCGACGUGUGGUCUUGCUCUGGGAGCACUCCGCUACCCCCGGAGCCCACUAUACUGAUACUCGAAGGUGCACGAACCUUCCCGGCGAGGUCCUUCCCGCCCGACGGGACGACCUUCGCUCAGGUCGGCUUAGGGCAGAAGCUCAGCGAGGAGAUACUGCCGUACAGCUACUGGAACAUGCAGUUUUACCAAUCGGAAGCCGCCUACGUACGCUUCGACUACAGCAUCCCGCGCGGCGCGAGCAUUGGCGUGUACGCGAGGAGGAACGCGCUGCCCACGCACACGCAGUACGACCUACUGGAGGUGCUCAGCGGUUUUAAGGCUCGGACCACCAGGGCGUCCCAUCCUUCGAUUAAGAAGGAGGUAACCCAGUACAUGGAGCCGGGACAUUGGUUCCUCUCGCUUUAUAACGACGACGGAGAUCCCCAUGAAGUCUCGUUCAUCGCCGUAAUCGCCGAGGAUAUGACGCAUAACUGUCCAAACGGUUGCAGCGGCAAGGGCGAGUGUCUUCUCGGCCAUUGCCAGUGCAAUCCUGGUUUCGGUGGUGAAGACUGCAGCGAGAGUGUCUGUCCUGUUCUCUGCAGUCAAAGAGGCGAGUACAUAAACGGCGAGUGCCAAUGCAAUCCCGGCUGGAAGGGCAAGGAGUGCUCCCUGCGACACGACGAGUGCGAAGUACCCGACUGCAACGGUCACGGGCAUUGCACCAACGGCAAGUGCAACUGUGUACGCGGCUACAAGGGCAAGUACUGCGAGGAGGUCGACUGUCCGCAUCCGACUUGCUCGGGCCACGGUUUCUGCGCCGAGGGCACGUGCAUCUGUAAGAAGGGCUGGAAGGGAGCCGACUGCAGUCAAAUGGAUAAGGAGGCACUGCAGUGCCUGCCGGACUGCAGCGGUCACGGGAAUUUCGAUCUGGAGACCCAGAGCUGCGUCUGCGAGCCUAUGUGGUCCGGUGAUGAUUGCUCGAAAGAACUGUGCGAUCUUGAUUGCGGCCCUCACGGGCACUGCGUGGACAACGCCUGCGACUGCUUGCCAGGCUGGUCCGGCGAGCUGUGCAAUCUGAAGCAAUGCGAUCCCCGCUGCAACGAGCACGGACAAUGCAAAAAUGGCACGUGUCUAUGCGUCACCGGAUGGAACGGAAAACACUGUACGAUGGAGGGCUGUCCGAAUUCCUGUUCCGGCCAUGGACAGUGCAGGGUGUCGAACGACGCGCAGUGGGAAUGUCAGUGUUAUAACGGCUGGGACGGCAAGGAUUGCAACGUGCUCCUAGAACAGAAUUGCAACGACGGACGAGACAACGAUAAAGAUGGUCUCACCGAUUGUGCCGACCCGGAAUGUUGCUCCAAUCACAUAUGCCGUAGCAGCCAGCUGUGCGUUUCAGCUCCUAAGCCAAUCGAUAUAUUACUACGGAAACAGCCACCCGCCAUCACCGCGUCCUUCUUCGAGAGAAUGAAGUUCCUAAUCGACGAGGGCAGUCUGCAGAACUACGCUCGUCAGGAGACCUUCAACGAGAGUAUGUUCUGGAAUCACUUCAACACAAGCCGGUCAGCCGUCAUACGUGGUCGCGUUGUCACGCAUCUCGGCACAGGAUUGAUGGGAGUGCGAGUCAGCACCAGCACACCGCUGGAAGGCUUCACUCUCACGAGAGACGACGGCUGGUUCGAUCUCUUGGUGAACGGCGGCGGUGCCGUAACUUUGCAAUUCGGCAGGUCACCCUUCAAGCCGCAGAGUCACAUCGUCUUUGUGCCUUGGAACGAGGUCGUCAUCAUCGACAAGAUCAUUAUGAGCACCGCCGAGGAGAAGCCACCCAUACACGUUCCGCAUGCGUGCGCGGCUCACGAUUACGAUCUCAUGAAGCCGGUCGUCCUGGCGACCUGGAAGCACGGAUUUCAAGGUGCCUGCCCGGACAAGAGCGCUAUUUUGGCGGAGUCGCAGGUCAUACAGGAGAGCCUGCAGAUACCCGGUACGGGCCUGAAUCUGGUGUAUCACAGUUCCCGAGCGGCCGGUUACCUGUCCACCAUACAACUGCAGCUGACCCCGGAAGUCAUCCCGCCGGCGUUGAAUCUGAUACACUUGAGGAUCACGAUCGAGGGUAUACUCUUCGAGAAGACCUUCGAGGCCGAUCCCGUGAUCAAGUUUACUUACGCCUGGAACCGCCUGAACGUUUAUCGUCAACGCGUCUACGGCGUGACGACCGCUAUGGUCAAGGUCGGUUACGAGUACAGCGACUGCAAGGACAUCAUCUGGGACGUGCAGACGACCAAGUUGAGCGGUCACGACAUGUCUAUUUCGGAGGUCGGCGGUUGGAAUCUGGACAUUCAUCAUAGAUAUAACUUCCACGAGGGUAUUUUGCAAAAGGGAGACGGCUCGAACAUUUAUCUGAAGCACAAGCCGAGAGUCAUCCUCACCACGAUGGGAGACGGUCAUCAAAGACCGCUGGAUUGCUACGACUGCGACGGGCAAGCUUCGAAACAGCGUCUCUUGGCACCCGUUGCUCUCGCCACUGCCGCGGACGGCUCCAUCUUCGUCGGUGAUUUCAAUCUAGUCAGGAAGAUCCUCGUCGAUGGAACAGUUAGAACUGUAGUCAGACUGAACGCAACUAGAGUAUCAUAUCGUUAUCACAUCGCUCUGAGCCCUCUGGACGGCGUUCUCUACAUAUCGGAUCCAGAAUCUCAUCAGAUUAUUCGCGUUCGCAAUACCAACGAUUACACGGAUCCCGAUCACAACUGGGAGACGGUAGUGGGCUCCGGAGAACGUUGUCUUCCCGGCGACGAAGCUCACUGCGGCGACGGUGCUCUCGCGCGAGACGCUAAACUCGCUUAUCCCAAGGGUGUCGCUGUUUCUGCGGACAACGUCCUAUACUUUGCUGACGGCACGAACAUCCGAAUGGUCGACAGGGACGGCAUUAUCACCACCGUGAUCGGCAAUCACAUGCACAAAUCGCAUUGGAAGCCCAUACCCUGCGAGGGUACGUUGAACGUCGAGGAAGUCCAUCUCCGUUGGCCGACCGAACUAGCGAUCAAUCCUCUGGACAACUCGCUGCACAUGAUCGACGAUCAUAUGGUCCUCCAACUGGCACCGGACGGUCGCGUCAAGGUCGUCGCUGGUCGUCCGCUUCACUGCGCUUCGCCAUCGGCCUCGUUCGACACGGAACUCGCGACUCAUGCCACCCUCGUCAUGCCGCAGAGUAUUGCGUUCGGUCCGUCGGGUGAUCUUUACAUCGCCGAGAGCGAUUCGCAGAGGAUCAAUCGCGUUCGCGUGAUCGGCACCGACGGUAAGAUAUCGCCGUACGCCGGCGCCGAAUCCAAGUGCAAUUGUUUGGAGCGCGGCUGUGACUGCUUCGAGGCCGAUCAUUAUUUGGCAUCCACCUCGAAAUUCAACACGAUAUCUGCUGUGGCUGUUUCCCCCGAUGGUGUGGUGCACAUUGGCGACCAAGCCAAUUACCGAAUCCGCUCGGUGACGGCAAGCAUUCCCGACGCGAGCGGCGCGCGAGAAUAUGAAAUUUAUGCGCCCGACACACAGGAGAUCUACGUGUUCAACCGGUUCGGCCAACACAUUGCCACGAAGAACAUUUUGACUGGCGAUACCGUGUAUCUCUUUACUUAUAAUGUCAACACCAGCAACGGUAAGCUCAGUACGGUGACGGACGCGGCUGGCAACAAGGUCUUCUUGCUCAGAGAUUAUAGUAGUCAGGUAAAUUCGAUCGAAAACACGAAGGGACAAAAAUGCAGACUGAGAAUGUCCAGGAUGAAAAUGUUGCAAGAAUUGAGCACGCCCGAUGAUUAUAAUGUUACCUUCGACUACCACGGUCCCACAGGCUUACUCAAGACGAAGCUCGACAGUACCGGACGUAGUUACGUCUAUAAUUAUGAUGAGUUCGGUAGACUGACGAGCGCGGUUACUCCCACGGGUAAGGUGAUCAGCUUGACAUUUGAUCUCAGCCUGAAAGGUGCCGUAGUGAAAGUCGGACAAAACAACAGGAAGCCCAUCUCGAUGCUGAUCAAAGGAUCGUCCGUCGUUACGAAGAUCGGGGAGGCCGAACAAAGGACGACGGUUCUCGCGGAUGGUUCAGUCGGGAGAGUGACACCAUGGGCUCAUACUGUCAGUACCGAUUCAAUGCCGUAUUCAAUUCUAGCGGAGCUCGAGCCUUUGCUGGGCGAGAGCUAUCCCGUGCCAGCUAAACAGAGAACGGAGAUUGCCGGGGAUUUGGCUAAUCGCUUCGAAUGGCGAUACUUCCUCCGGAAGAUCCAAGGAAAUAAGAAUCGCGGUAACACGAAGGCGAUCGCCCAGGUCGGCAGGAAGCUUCGUGUCAACGGCGAGAUCCUCUUGUCACUCGAAUACGAUCGAGAGACUAACACCGUGGCUGUGUUCAUGGACGAUCGGAUGGAACUGUUGAACGUCACGUACGACAGAACGGCUAGACCGGUCAAGUGGGGACCGAGAAACGGUAUCUUUGCCGGCGUCGAGUUAGAAUACGAUCGAUUCAGCAGACUGACAAGCUGGACGUGGGGUGACAUCAGUGAAACCUACGGCUUCGACAGAUCGGGCCGGUUAUACGAAAUCAAGUACAGUGACGGCACGUCGAUGGUGUACGCUUUCAAAGAUAUGUUCAGCCUCCUACCGCUGAAGGUCACUACACCGCGUGGAAGCGAUUAUCUUCUUCAAUAUGACGAAGCAGGAGCAUUGCAGUCGUUGACCACACCAAGAGGACACAUUCAUACAUUCUCCCUUCAAACUUCUCUCGGAUUUUACAAGUAUCAGUAUUAUUCACCGAUGAACAGACAUCCAUACGAGAUUCUUUACAACGACGACGGUCAAAUUCUCGCCAAGGUAUACCCCCAUCAAAGCGGAAAGGUCGCUUUUGUCUACGAUCACGCUGGGAAACUCGAAACCACGCUUGCCGGACUCUCCUCGAUACAUUACACUUAUCAAGAACCGUCGAGUUUGGUGCGCAGCAUCGACAUCAACGAGCCGAACUUCGAGAUGCGCAUCGAAUACAAAUAUCACGCCGGUAUCGUGAAGGAUGAGAAGAUCAAGUUUGGUAGCAAGAGCGGCAUGGAUAACGCUCAUUACCGUUAUCAGUACGACGGUAACGCGCGGAUAUCCGGCAUCGAGGUCGACAUCAACGGCAAACAGCUACCUCAGCUUCGUCUCAAGUACAACCAGAAUCUCGGGGUACUGGAGGGCGUCGGCGAUCUCAGGAUAUACAGAAACCUCUUCAACAGAUCGGUCAUGCAGGACAGCAGCAAACAGUUCUUUACGGUCACGGACUACGACGAGCACGGACGCGUCAAGACCGUGCUGAUGAACAUCCGAUCCUUCGACGUAUUCCGUAUGGAGCUCGAAUACGACAACCGCAAUCGCAUCAAGAUGAGGAAGCUCACGAUUGGGAAGGAGUCGAUGGAGAAGAAAGAAUGGUCCAGAAUGGAAAAGAUCACGUAUAACGCGGACGGUCAUGUGCUGGAAGUAGCGGACACGGAGAACAAUUGGCAGUACGCGUACGACGAGAACGGCAAUGUGAUCGGCGUAACCGAGCAUAACGAGAAAAUCGCAUUGGGCUACGACAGUGGCGAUCGAGUGGUCCAGUACGGUGACGUUGAAUUCAAUUCAUACGAUGGACGCGGUUUCGUUGUGAUUCGCGGGGAGCACAAGUACAGAUACAAUUCGCGCGGACAGCUGAUUCAUGCGUCGGAGCACAAGAAAUUCCAGAUCUGGUACUUUUACGACGACCGUGGUCGACUGGUGUCCAUGAACGACGACCGAGAGAACAUCACCCAAUUCUUCUACGCGAAUCCAAAGACUCCGGAUCUGAUAACGCACGUGCACUUCCCGAAAUUGUCCAAGACGUUCCGAUUCCUCUAUGACUCGCGCGAUUUCCUGAUGACCGUGGAGACGUCCGAGCAACGCUUUUACGUCGCGACGGACCAAAAUGGCUCGCCUCUCGUUCUCUUCGACACCAACGGCAAUCUCAUCAAAGAAAUGCGGCGCACUCCCUUCGGCAAGAUCAUCAAGGACACCAAUCCGGACUUCUAUCUGCCUAUCGACUUCCACGGAGGUCUCUUCGAUCCCAACACCAAGUUGAUCUAUCUAAACAAGAGACUGUACGACCCGAGUGUCGGUCAAUGGAUGACGCCAGCUUGGGAACAAAUGGCUAAUGAACUCACCACACCGACCGACAUUUUCAUCUAUCGUUUCCGUAAUAACGAUCCGAUCAACUUUAAGCAGAACGUCGAAUACAUGACGGAUCUGGGAAGUUGGCUGAAGCUCUACGGCUACGACAUCUCGAUGAUGCUCGGCUCCGAGUACACGAAACAAAUGGUGUACCAGCCGAGCGCAACUGUCACAUCCCCGCAACUGACUCCGGACUUUGGCGUGAUGUCCGGUCUGCAGUGCAUCGUGAACCGCGUGCAAGAGAAGUUCUCUGAUCUGGGUUUCGUUCCCAAACCGUUGUUGAAGUUGGAACCGAAGACACGAAACCUACUGCCGCGAGUGGCACAUCGCCGGGCGGUGUUCGGCGAAGGUAUCCUGGUGUCGCGCGUCGGCGGUCGAGCUCUGGUGAGCGUGGUGGACGGUGUCAACAGCGUGGUGCAGGACGUCGUGACGUCUGUAUUCAACAACUCGUACUUCCUGCCGUUACACUUCAGCGUACACGACCAGGACGUUUUCUACUUCGUCAAGGACAACGCGCUGAAGAUCCGCGACGAUAUGGAGGAGCUCCAUCGCCUUGGCAGCAUGUUCAACGUAUCCACGCACGAGACGACGGAGCACGGCGCGGGCACGUGGAAGGAGCUGAGGCUUCACAACCCGGACGCGGCUGUGGUGAUCAAGUACGGAGCCGAUCCCGAGCAGGAGCGGCAUCGUAUUCUGAAGCAUGCGCACAAGCGGGCCGUCGAGAGAGCCUGGGAGAUCGAGAAGCAGUUGGUGAUAGCCGGUUUCCAGGGUAGGGGCGACUGGUCGAAGGAGGAGAAGGACGAGUUGAUUAGCCGCGGCACGGUCGACGGCUAUGAGGGCGUCGACAUCCACAGCGUGCACAGGUAUCCGCAGCUCGCCGACGAUCCCGGCAACGUCGCGUUCACCCGCGACACCAAGAGGAAGAGGCGGAAGAGCGGCAACAGGCGCAGCAGGACUCACAGGCACGACUCGUGAUUCGAGGACACCACGACGCGGGUUCGAAUAACCUGGGACUUGAUUCGCGCGUGAAUCCGAGAUGCGAGCACCGUGAAACGGGAGAGAAAGGGAGCAACGCGUUGACGGAGAAUCGAUCCUGCCGCUGCAAAAGUUGUAUUAAACUGCAGUUUACGGGCGAGCGGCCGGCGACGUCGCGCCCUUUCUCUCCCCGAUCCUCCUCUCGGCCUCUUCUCCUUCCCCGCGCUCGUCGUCGAGACGCGAUCAUCUACCACGAGCGACCACGGACGCGUGUCCGGUGCAAACCUACCCCGUCGAUGUGCCAUAAGCGCGUCCACGCGAUCGCGAUCUAUCCUAGAUUCCUAGAUCGAUCAAUCGUGCGUGCGAAGACGGCGGGUGUAGGAGCGGGUCGCCAAGUGUCAAAAUUAAGCUAGUCGCAUUAUUAACGAAAUGAAGAAUAUAAAGCUUGUUACAUGGUGAUUAGUUUAUAGAAAGAAAGAGAGAGAAAGAGAGAGACACGUGGGAGAGGGUGGGAGGGAAGGAGGGGUGGCGAGAUCCGAUAUGCGUAUCGAAGGGACGAGGAUGCGUGCGUGUGAACUUUCUAAGUGCCGUCCGCGACGAAAAUCCGGUAGUGUUUUUCGCGAAGAGGAGGGUGGGAGACUGGUGGAGAGUGUGUCUUGGGCUUUUUCGGAUCGUCGGCCGAAACGAUCUCGAGCCGACGUCAUUCAACAGGGUCUGCAAGACACGCGCGUGAGCACGCACGCGGUAGCGAGGAUCGUCACGUCCAAGUCGGCAGAUACGGGGCGAGAGCCUGAUUUUUAAUACAAAAAGAUACGCCGACGUUCUCCGAACGUCCAGUUAUUUCGCGCUCUCUGUUCGGGAUGCUCUCGCCUCGCAUCUUUGAUCGGGACGUAUCCGCCCCCGGGGGGUGGAUGCGUCUGAACAAACUGUCCGUGGACGUCGCUGUAGAUCGCGUCGCGAGACGCCGUAGGGAAAGCGAGAGAAAGGGAGAGAGAGAUUGAGAGAGAACGAAAGCGAGAGAUUGAGAGAGAGAAAGAGACAAAGGAGAGCAGAUAUACAGCAGAUAUUUUUAACAAGGCGCAAAUUGGUGUACUAGAUGCGAGACAAGCAAUUGUAAAUAUAGCUACUCGAAUUCUUAAUGGUAAAUGUAGAUAAAAAUAUCGUAAUGUAACGCGCGAGAACGAUCGUAAACUCAAGUGGAACUGUCGAUACCGCUUUUUUAUAUGUAUAGAAAGAAAGAACAUGACACAUACACGCGUACACAUGUGAAGGUAUAGGAACUUGUGCCCCCGUGAUAUGUUCAAACGCGAGAAAUGGGGUAAGUCGCGAAGUUAUAUCGGACGCGUCGCGAUCUUUUCGGUAAAAAAAUAAAUAAAUAAAUAACGCGAGAGAUUCUGUCAGGAGGAAACGCAACGUUCGCACGAAACGGACGGUUCACGUUAAAUCUCGACGCCCAGGCCUACGCACGAUUGGCAUACAAAUACACAACAAAAACACAUUAUCGCUUCAAAUCGGCCGGAUGCAUAGCGUGAUUGUUAUCUCACUGAUUCUGCUGAUACGCGUUAAUUGAAUGGGUAUAAAUGCGGCAUCUGGAAUCGAUAUCUAUCGAGGCCCUAGGAUCCAUAAAGAAUGCGGGAUUUAUAUUGAAAAAUAUAAUUUCUUUAAUGUUCAAAGUAAGUGGAAUUUAUACAAGAUUUCACACAAGUGGGAAGACACACUGCUUUUCCGGUAAUAAAAGCAAUAGUCGGUGCGAAACUUUUUUAAAGAAGUGAUAUUAAAACAAAUCGACAUCACUGAAAGUUCAUAAAAGAAUCAUUUUCAGAAUUAUCGUACUGCCCCACUUGUCAAUCCCAAGUAUCUUGAGUUUCGUAGAUAAAUUUCAAACUUGAUGAAUGUUGAUCGUGGUUGCCUGAGGUAUGAGCGAAUCUACCGAUUUGUCGUAGACAACGUAGACACGUGUAAAUAGUAUCGUACGACGUAAACGUGUAAGAACUUAAUGCGACGUGAUAUCGUCACUUAAUAAAGAGCGAGACGUAACGCGACAUGACGAGACGAGACGAGCGACAGUCGUAACGGGAUGCGUCGAAGUAAUAAUGUCCAGAAGAAAUAAUAAUAUAAAAAAAAUAAAUAGUAAUAUACGAUAACGAUAAGUAAUAAGAAUAAUAAAUAGAGUAAUAAUAAUAAUGGGAAAAAAACGAUAAUAUUACCAUUGUACGGAAAAUGCCCCGCCUAUCUUUCUACUAAAAAUGAAAAAUUAUUUUUUGAAUUGUGUCGUCGAAGAAGUCCUAUGUAACCGUGUGUAUGUGGGAUCGCCCUGUGAAAAAGAACCUCACCCUCCCCCCGCGCUCCGCCGAAGAGAGCAUCCCGGCAAAAAAUAGUUGGAUUAACAAGAAUCGAUGUAUGCAGAGAGAUUCGUUUCGUCAAGUUAUAAAUUCCUAAAUCCUCAGAAUAUAGGGAAUUGGUUUUUGCGAUGAUUGAAUUCUUUUCUAUAUCCUUUAAUACGUGCCCAUUCGAUUCUCAUCGGGAGGAAAAAGAAAUUAGAAAUUUUUAUGAAACGUUGAAAACGUGAAACUCUCUUCCUUAUACGGAAUUCAAUUCCACACCGUCACUGCCUCUCUUUUCUUCUAAGUUGUAAUACCGAAUCCGAGCUUUUAUAUAACGCAAUUUUAAGACCAAUUCUUCCUGACCUCGAAGAUCAGAUAUACACAUAUAUUUCGCCGAAAUCAAUCCCUUUCGAUUCAUCUUAAUUCACCUAUCUUUUACAGGGCACAACCUUAGCCCCUCCUCUGUAACUGAUAUAGCUGAAACUCGUCGGUGUUUAUCAAUAUUGGAUAAAUAAGGGAAAAAAAGUGUAGAAGUCUGUGGUUCGGGUCGAAUGAAGUAACCGACUAAUAGAAAGUAAAGAAUGCAAAAAACGAACAUAACGCAUAAUAUAUAUUAUAUAUAUAUAUAUAUAUAUAUAUAUAUAUAUAUAGAGGGGUACACGGUGAGCCAACGUGCGAGCCAACGGAGCUCCACCACGUUGUGUUCCGCGUAGACUAUAUGA